UGCUGUAUUCGUCAUCACGAGUUCCACUCUUCCUUGGUAUAUAUAGCCGGCAUAUUCGGAUCAUCAGUCUCAUUCCCGUUAACAUCUCCCCCUGCCAGCCCAUCUAUCUCCUGAACCCCCUGAUCACCAUUGGAAGAUGUCUUCACGAUCUGCGACUGGAUACCACCUCGAGACAACGGGACAGGCGGCCAAAACCGCUGCCAAGCAUGCGGUUGACAAGGUGGCCGAUCCCUCGAUCGAGUUUAUGGGAGCAUGCUUCUGUCCUUUCGUACAGAGGGCAUGGAUCGCCCUGGAAGUUUUGAAUCAAGGUCUUCCGGAUGACCAGUCGAGGAAAGCAUCAAAGGUAGACUAUGCAUAUGUCGAGAUCGACCCAUACAAAAAGCCGAAGGAACUGCUAGAGGUCAGCCCAAAAGGCCUUGUACCGGCGGCUCGGUUGGGCCAGGGCAAGUCCUUACACGACAGCCUCAUUCUUAUGCACUACCUCGCAUCCCUACCUCUUUCUACUGGCGAAAACCCGUUAUUACCUAAGGGCCCUUAUGAGCGCGCAAGGGUACUUCUGGCUGGGCAGAGACAUGCCGAGACGAUUACUCCAGCUUUCUACCGAUACCUUCAGGCUCAAGAAGCAGAGAAGCAGGUAGAACAUGGAAAAGAGUUCACGGAAGCGCUCGAAGCGUUCGAAAAGGAUAUGAACGAGGAUGGGCCGUUCUUCUUCGGCAAAGAUUUAGGCUGGGUCGACAUCCUCAUCGCUCCUUGGGCCAUUCGAUUCGGACCGGUGCUUGAGCAUUACCGACAAUUCUCUCCGCCUGUCAUCUCGGACAAGUCGAGACGGUUCGUCAAGUGGUUGGAUGCUAUCAAAUCCCAUCCUGCCGUAGCCGCUACGACGAGUACAGACGAGUUAUAUACGGAUAGCUAUCAUCGGUAUGCCAAAAAUAUUCCCAAUUUAAGCCAGGUGGCAGAUGCGAUCAACUCUGGCAAAGCUCUUCCUUGAGAAUGUGACGUUCUUCUACGUAGUCAGCCUUCGAUACUCCGACCGAGAUUCCCCAGGAUGAGUCUCGAUAUGCCUUUGUAACCCACUGUAUCAGUUUGAACAGGUCGAUCUCCAAUAUUACACUAGGAGAGGAAGAGAUGAGGUCAAUACGGCCUUACUCAAUAAUGAGCGCAAGGAAACCAAAAUCCGGUUGAUCUGGGUGUUUCAGUGCUUUA